AUGUUGAUAUACAACACUAUCUGCAAAGUUCCUCAAAAUACUGAAAGAGUUAUUGCAGAUAUGAUUAUCGUUGGUUUUAUUGGUCAAUUAAAAGGCUGGUGGGAUAAUUAUUUAACCCCAACACGACGUCAUUCUAUUCUAACCGCUGUUAAACAUGAAGGAGGUAAUGAAGCACCUGUUGCUAAUGCAGUUUAUACAUUGAGUGGUAUAAAGAUGUUUUUUCUUUGCAGGGUUAUGGAAUUACCAGAGAGUAAUGACUCCCACUGGAAGUCCAAAUUUAUAGAUGGACUACCUCCUCUUUUUGCAGAAAGAGAGGGAUUAGCCUUGUGUAAUGAAAUUAGGCUUAACCAGCAAAUCAAGUGCCAUGGUCUUAAUGAAAGAUAUCAAUUAGGAGAAUUUUGUGGACAAUUUGGACUGGACAUUUCACAAUCUUCUAAGAAGCCUCAUAGGCAUAAGAAGAAGCUUAAAAACUUCCAACAAUGGAAGGAGAAGCGCUUGCAGAAAAAAGCUAGGUGCAAAAAGACUUUCAAAGAAAGAAAGAAUUUUAUUAAAUCCAAAAACCCAAAAUCCUGUUAUAAGUGUGGUAGAGUAGGUCAUUUUUAUAAGAGCUGUAAGGUUAAGGAAAAGAUUAAAGCCCUUAACAUAGAUGAUGAUCUUAGAGAAUCUUUAUAUAAGAUUUUGUUAAAUUCAGACCGAGAACCAGAGAAUGAUUCUUGA